AUGUUGAACGAUCUACCCCCGGAAAUACUCCAUCUAAUUGCACGAGAUCUCGGGAGCAAAGCUCUUUAUCACCUGGUAUCCUCAUCACGUCGACUGCACACCGUGUUCCAACGAAGCCUCUACACCGAUGUGACUCUCUACGAAUCGGAGAGUAAGGACCAGACAGUCAACAUCUUCCUAUACGCCGUGAUCCGAAUACCGAGGCUGGCUAGCUAUGUUCGGUCCCUGAAGGUGAAGUCCUGGGAUACAGACAACGCCAACAAUGAAAGAUAUCCCCAGAAAAUCGGAUUUGAUGGCAACCUUGUAUACAAAAUAGUCGGUGAAAGAACGGGAUAUUCCGAACAAGAGAGAUCUAAAUGGUUGGAAGAUCUCGAACGGGAUAACAGUGAUGCCUGGUUGGCUUUGCUUAUUCCGCAAUUGAAGCAAUUGCGGAAACUCAGCCUUAUCUGGCCGUGCGGGUCAUACUAUGUUUUGGAUAUGUUGGAAAAAGUUGCUAUUGAGGAGGAACCGGUAUUUCCUCAUCUCAAGGAAGCAUAUGCAGCUUGGUGGGACUCAGAGGGCGGAUUCCAAUCACAUUACAUGCAUGCGUUCUUCAAUUUCCCGUCAAUGCGCAAAGUGGGUUGCUAUAUGUUGAAGGAGUAUGAGAGGCAUGAUGAUGAUGAGUAUGAGUUUGAAUCGGAUGACUCCGAACUUCCAAAGCGUGAAACUCUCUCGCAACAGUGCUCGAACAUAACCGACAUCGACCUCCAAGACAGCAAUGCUGGGGAGGGAAUGCGGGAAUGGAUUCAGGCCUGCAAAGCACUGAAAUCAUUCCGGGUUGUUCAUGGUGCCGGAGUGGUCUCCGGGGAUCACUUUCAGCCGCGGAAAAUUUACGAAUCGCUUUCGCUCCAGAAGUCGACGCUGGAAUCUAUUUGGGUCGAGGCUCACGAUGGAGUCUAUAUAGAUACCGAUGACGAAUGGAUGGGGUCUUUUGUUGGUUUUACCGCUUUGAAGCUUAUUUGUGCUUCCUUGCCCAACCUUGUGGGAUUCGAUGAUGGCAAUCUACCGGUACGAAAACUUCGAGGUGUUCUUCCUUCCUCGUUAGAGACAUUAUAUGUUUCAGUCGAUAGGGAGGAAAGCUUUAAUAGAGCUAUAGAUCAGUUGGUGGAAUUGGCUGCCUCGAAGAGCUUCCCCAAAUUGGCUGCGAUACAUCUUGAAUACUACCACCUUAGGGAGCCGAAGAAUGCUACAAGGCUUGAAUGGUUGGAGCAGAGGUGUCAAGAGGCUGGUGUUUUGUGUGUUCCCCAUGACUCGAAAGGGUGGGUACAAGGGGAGAAGCAGAUGAUGGAAGUUAUUUGGCCUUAUAACGAGGCUAGCUUGCUUGGAUGGUAA